GAUCUCUGCAGCAUUCCAGAGCCACUGAAGUAUUCAUCUUGACCUGGAUAGUCAGUUUCUCUGCUAGCACAAAGAAGAUUUUUUAACAUGAACAAGAUCCUUUCAACCACUCUUUGCUUUGGACUCCUAACUUUGUUAUCUGUAAUGAUAUUUUUCGAAUUGGUGCAUGGACGGCCAUAUCUUACCCAAGGAAAUGAAUUGUUUCCAGAUAAAGAAGAUGCAAACCACGAAGAACUAUUGCUGGCUCUACUGAAUAAAAAUUUUGAUUUCCAAAGACCUUCUAGCAUUGAUACAGAACUAACUGGCAAAUUGGAAGAACUUAACCAGCUGGAAAAUCUAAAAGAGCAGCUCGCAGAGGCCAAAGAUUCGGAGAUAUCCUAUGCUAUAGGUGGUCUAUCUUCUUCCCAUCCCAAUAAGCGAGCCUGCUUUUGGAAAUACUGUGUCUGAAGGUUUUUCUCUGGAUACAAAAAGAUAAGAACGUUAGAAAAAGAUACACAUCUACUCACCACUACUUAAAGAUUCUAGCUAUUUGAGCAUAAAGAAAGGAUGGCGUUUAUUCUGCAUACUGUAUGCUUAAGGUUUAAGUUGUGCAUGAUGACAAAUCAGUUGCACUUUUGCAUGGCAUGGGUUAUCAAAUGGCCUUGUAGUGCUAAAAUUUACAGUGCUGUAUCUAUUGUAUGCUUUCCGUAGAUUCAUUUUCUACAUAUAAUUUUGUCUCAUGAUGACUCUGAUUUUGAGCUAUCAAUUAAAAUAUUUUAAAAAGUGGGGCACCCAGGUGGCUCAGUCGGUUGAGCCUCCGACUUCGGCUCAGGUCAUGAUCUCACUCACGGUUCGUGAGUUCUAGCUCUGUAUGGGGCUCACUGCUGUCAGGACUGUCAGCAUGGAGCCUGCUGCAGAUCCUCUGUCUCCCUCUCUCUCUACCCCUACCCCGCUCGUGCUAUCUCAAAAAUAAAUAAACAUUAAAAUAAAAAAAUAAAAUAUUUUAAGGGUGCCUGGGUGGCUUAGUCAGUUAAACAUCCAACUUCAGUUGAGGUUAUGAUUUCAGGGUUCCUGAGUUCAAGCCCCACAUUGGGCUCUGUGCUGAUAACUCAGAGCCUGGAACCUGCUUCAGGUUUUUUGCCUUUCUCUCUCUCUGCCUCUCCCCUCUCACGCUCUGUGUCUCUCUCUCAAAAUUAAAUAAACAUUAAAAAUUUUUUUAAAAAAGUAUUUUAAAAAUCAUCUUGGAAAUUAAAAUAAAUUUAAUUGUAUCAACUUAUGGAAAAAAUAUGCAUCAUUGUCCUUUCUCUUUCUUAUGAUUGUGCUAACUACUAUCUCUUUUCUGUUCAUUUGGACAAUUGUCACUGAAACUACUACAACCAAAUGAAUACAUUACUGGGAGCAGAAAUAUAUGGUUUAUUAGACUCUGGAAGAAAGUGAUAUUAGAUGUCUCAGAGAUAGAAAACUUUCUUAUAAAACAAUUUGCCUGUUGGUUUCUUAAUUCUCAUCUAUGCCUCCUCCACAGCAUCACGAACUAUUUGAGACUCAGAAUGUCUAUAAGAGAUUAGCUUCGUUGUGCCAAAAAAAUAAACAGAACAAAAGAACUCAUUGGAUUUCUCUUGAUUCUUUUUUUUUCCUUUUCACAUCCAUAUAUCAAACUUGCUCUUGCUUACAUAUGAACAAGCUUAUUUACUUAGUCAAUUCAAGGCUGGGAAUUCAACUUCAAUAUUGUGUGUCACCUGUUCUAGCCCCAAAACAUUGUUAACAUAACUUAAAAUAACAUUAAGGACUAGACUAGAUGGCAAGGCCAGCCUGCUCACAUUCCCUUACUUCACAAUAUGGGGGAAAUGCAGUUUACCUACAUGAUAUCAAUUUUGUGGUGCUUAAAGAGAAAAUUAUUGCAGAGUAUGAACAAUAUUGCUUAAGUUGAAAAAAACCAUAAAACAAACCAAGUUGAGCGACAUAUCUAAAGUGCCAUAUAUAUACUUGUUAGGAACCACUCAAAUGUACAUAAAUAUUAGUUGCUCAAUCAUGCCUGAUUAUUCCUACAUAUUUACACCAGUAGUAAACAGAAACAUAAUAUUGUUAUGAAGAAAGACAAAAAUUCCCGCUUUCAUCAUCUCAUGUUUAUUACCUUUGGAAUAGUUAAACAAUAUGCAGGCAGUUUGAAUCUUUAGGAGUAAGACAGAAAGGUCUUUUGCUACUUCUUCCUUUUAGGAGAAUCCAUUAAGUUAUAUUUUAAUAGUUUGCUUUAAGAAAUUUAAUCCCUAAAGCUAUCUGUAGAUUAAAGGUAGAAUUUGUUAGACUUUCUGUAGUGUGAGUAAAUUUUAAGAUGAUGUGACAUCAUAAAACAUCCCUCAUAAAAAAUUGUUUAUGUAAUUGAUGACAGAACACAGAAAUCCAUAUUCACAGUUUGCUCUAUGAAGCUUCACAAAUGAAUGAGAUGACUCAUCAUAUUCUGAACAGAAAUCAUGUUUUAAUUUCCUGCUAUGUUAAAAUAAUGCCCUAUUUCGAACUGGUGUACUGUUGAUUUAUUUUCUACUUUGUAUAAAGUAGUGGUGGAAAUAACAUGAAAUAAAAUAGUUAUAAGUGGAGAAAACAUUUUUCUCUUUUUGUUCAUUAAAGUCUUGUAUAUAUAUUAUAUUAUGAGAUAAAUGCAUUAUUACACAUCAGAAUAGAGUAUAAAUCCAUACAUUGUGACCUCUGACUUUAAUUAAAUGGAAUGCCAUAAGCAUAACUUUGCAUUAAAAAAUAUAGGUGAUAGGAAAUCAAUUUGUUUAUUUCGACUUUAAACCUUCACCAUGAGAAAAUUUUAGGCUAAAGUAGGCUUUAAUACCUUUUGUCAAUGCAUGAAGCAGCAGCAUCCAAGUGGAUUAGAAGCUUACAGAUAACCAAAUGGGAGAAAAAGGGAAGGAAGAACCUCCAAGGAAUAGAACACAUUCCUAAAAUUGAACAGAAGGUUGAAGAAAGCUGGCAAGAAACAUUUUAACUUCUUCUUCAGUAAUUAUUUCAAAUAGAAAGUCCUACAGGAUAUUUUCCAUGUACCACUGCUAACUUUCUAAUGCAAGCUUCUGAAAACAGAAUUGGUUAGCUCUCUCAAAAUUCAUUUCUCCUUGCUAUGGCCCAUCUAUCACAAUUAACAAAAUCAUUCAUUUACUGUAUUUUUCUAAAAUUUGAAGACUUUCAGCAGUUGAAGAAAUUUUCCCUAAACUAAGAAUACAAAGCCAACCAUGUUCUAAGUGCAUAUGUUCAUUUCUGUGUGUCUUUGAUUGCAUUCUUUGGAUCAUACGUUUAUUCAAUUUUAGUUAAAAUUAACAGCUAUCCAUUUCUCACCUCUUGUAAUAUGAAUAUACCUUCUCAUAACAUUCUUCCUUUAUAUUCUAAAAUAAAACUCUGCCCUAUUCAUCAAACUUUUCUCCUCCCAUAUAUCAGGUCCAUCUGACAGUGGUUGCUAGUGUUUAACGUUUUCCAGAGGUUUUACAAACUUCGGCUACUCUCUGGUUCAAGAAAUAAGUUGUCUUUGUGUUUUAAAAGCAUACCCAAUGUACCAUUGGCUUAUAUACCUAAGUUGUAGUAAUAUUGUAGUUAUUGUUGAGAACUGAGCGUUCCAGAGUAUCAAAUUUUAUACUUCGAUAGAUCAAUUAAAAAUAAUUUGAAUCAUUUAAAGAAAUCAUUCUUAAACACAUUAUACUUUUCAAUGCCUUUUUAAACACAGUAUAUGAAACCAGUCAAACAGUUUCUUAGGCAAGUCAGUAGCAUCAAAAAGAUUGUUUAUUGUACUGUGUUAAAAUUACGUGUACUUAAUAAGCCCCAGACUGGUCCAGUGGCUUACUUUUUGAUGAUUCCUAGUCUUCUUCCAUACUUUCCUCUGUUACUCCUGUGUGGUUGUUCUCCUCAUAAUCAGCCACUGCUACUGUUAAUUAACUACCAGUUGUAACUAAACAGUUUUUUAAUGUUUAUUUAUUUUUGAGAAAUAGAGAGAGCAUGAGUGGGGUAGGGAAGAGAGAGAGGGAGACACAGAAUCCACAGCAGGCUCUAGGCUCUGAGCUAUCAGCACAGAGCCCAGUGUGGGGCUGGAACUCACAGACUACGAGAUCAUGACCUCCCAGACCGCGAGAUCAUGACCUGAGCCAAAGUCUGACGCUUAACCGACUGAGCCACCCAGGCGCCUCCUACCAGUUGUAAUUUAGAGAAAGUGGUUAGGCACCAUGAGAUGUCCAAACCUGAUAAAUGAUUAAUAUCCUUCACUUCCUAAUUCUGUCAAUAUGCCCUGACCUGCAGGUAUUUUUUUUUCAGUUCUUUGGAAUAAUAAAAUUGAUGGGCUUAAUUACUGUUUUUUUUUUUUUUCCUUGCUUACACAUCUUUUAUUUCUGGAACUGAGGCUGUGCUUUAUUUGGUUGAACCUGACUGUAAUUUGAAUACAUUAAGAGAAGACUAAUCUCAUUAUCAUUUCCAAAGAGGCUCCCAGGAAAAGGAUAAAAGAGAAGAAAAAAUAUUUAACAGAACAUAUACAAUAUUGUCUUUCCAUGUUCCUCAAUAAUGAACAAAUAGAUCCUACCUAAGUUUUACAGAAACAAAUCAGUCUUCAGUUAUUAUUCUUCAACUGGAUAAAUGUAAGUGGGAAUAUAGAAAGUAUUUCACUGUAUUGUGUUUUUUCAUUGUUUCUUAGAAAAGUAAAGUUUGGGGCUAGGUAACCAUUCCCGUUAGCUAAAAUGUAUAUUUAAAAAAAUAUCCACACAUUGAAGUGGUCUGAGUAAUUUAAUUAAAGCUGUAACAAUACUGUGAUGUGAUGGACUGAAGUUCAAACUGUGGAAAGGAUUUGCAGAAGAUCAGUUCCUUAAAAGUUUAAUCAUUAAGGAGUGUAAAGAACUUCACUGAAGCAUCUUCCAUGUUUCUGUGAUUUCACCCAGGGAAGUUGUGUCUGCAAAAACAAAAAUUGAAAUUGUUAAAGCUACGAGAACUUCAUAGAUAAGGGGAAUACCAUCAACUUCGCUUGAGAAGAACUAAAACUACAUGAUGUUUCAUUAUACCUUUUAUUUCUAGGACAUAUUUUUAUUGCAAAGACAAUAACACAAAAUUAUAAUUACAGAUCAAAAUGCAUUAGGAAGAAUAUCUUCAACGUAUAAACUAGGUGCUUAUUCUCAAGCCACAGUUCCUUUCUUUGGGUACCUGCUCUAUUCUAUUUCUUUUCCAUUUUCAAUCUUGGUUCAAGGAUGUUGCCAUGACAUAUAUAAGAAAGAUAAAGAAAAUCUGACUACUACUUCCUGUUUAUUGCUAUGAUAACAUAUUGAUAAUUGUUGUAUAUUUUGCUCAAAGGGGAACAAUCAUAAUACUGGAAUUUAAACAUGGCAUUUCUGCUCUUUGAGAGUUCUGUAAGUAUAUUUGAAUGAUAGUGUGUCAAAAUUGUUUUCAAAUAAAAAAAUUGUCAGUAUAAUAAAGCAACAUGUGCCUUACAUUCUUAAAAGUCUUAGUGCAUAUGGCAGCAAGGGGUAGCAUAAUCAAUAGUCCUAUUUCUACCAAAUUUGAUCAGGAAGGCACCCUGAUUUCAAUGGCCUAGAACUUGCUAACUGCAUUUAGAGAAAACACCUCUCUGAAUUUAAGUUGUUUAGAGCAGAAGGCUAUAAAAAACUCAAAACUCAAAAUUUUGGUCCAAUAUGUUAAUGACUUGAGGAAGACAUUGUGCAAAUACCAGAUUAUCUUCCUUUCCAAAAUAUAGCAGAGAAGAGGUUAGCAUUUGUUCUGCAAACUAGGUAACAUAAAGCAGCUGUAUCUAGACCUAAACUCAAAAUAAUAAGCAAAACUUCCACAAUUAGAACCAGUUUCACUUUUAGUGUGAACACUUACAGUGAAACCCAGAAGGUGAAAACCCACAAAUAAACCUGGUCUAAAAGAGCCUACAUUAACUCCUACAGAAGCGGAACAAAGAUUUUCACAGUCAGACAUACUGCUUCUGUUUGUUUUAGAAAUGUAUAACCAGAGAAAUUGGCAUCCAACAAUGACAAUUAUACCCUGAGGACCUUAUAGGUGAUGAAGAGAACUUUGGUCUAGAAGUCUAGAGACCUGAGUCCUGGACCUUGCUCUGUCUGAGAGCCUGUACAAUUUUGAGCAAAUCAAUUUCCUCUCACAGACCCAAUGUCCUCAUUUGUUAAAAACAAAACAAAACAAAAGGAUUGGAUUAAAAUAGACCUUAUAUUCUUGAAUCUCUUAGUACUUAAUCCAAAAAAUAUUGUACCAAUAAGAAAUAAUAUACCAAAAAUUGUUUUGAAAAGUUAAAUGGAAAUUAGAAAUCUAUUUUUAUGUUUUCUAUUAUUCAUAAACCAUAAAACAUAAAACUUCACAUGAGGAAGUAAAAAAGCAUCUGAGAAAUCCUGGUGAUCAUGGCAGGAAAUAAUAAAUAGAAACCUAAUGGUUGAGCAGGUGCACUUGCAAUGAUUGACAAAAGAGAAAAAAAAAUACAUGAUGUUAAGUUUUAUUCUAAACCUAUUCUUCUGUGAUAUACCAUCGUGAAACUUUAAUAACAAGGACAGUGGUUUUCAUGAUAGUCAACAAAGCUUAUUAAAUGAAGGACAUAAUAUAUUAAUUUGGAUUUCACCAAAGUGAUUCGGGAGACAUUAUAUUAAUUCAACUACCUUUUGAUAGUUUAGUAGCUCUCUGGAGUUUAUAUGGUCUAAAACUUCAUAUGAAAUUAUAUGGAAAUGAGUUUCCUGAAUGAUUUUUUUCUUAUCAUAACCUGUUUUGGCUUAAUUCAGAGAUACCAAAUGGGAUGUCCAAAGUGAUAGAGAACAGGUGGAAACUGAUCAAAGUUUUAAUCUCAGUGUCAUAAUGUUAUCAAUACAUCAAGAAACUGGAGGAUUGUGAUCCUGAUUUCAAGGAGUUACUUGGUUUGUAAUAGCAAUUAGUUAGAUCUUUCUCAGAUAUAAGGUGGUGAUUUUUAAAAAUCUUAAAGAGUGACCAUACUUGGUAUAUCUCUAGAUGUAAAGAAAGUCUGAUCUAUGUUUUGAAGAUGCUACUGCUCAAAACGCACUGUUUGUCACAGUAUUCAUUAAGCAUCACCCCCCCCCCCCCAGUAUUUGUGGACAUUCAGUAACUUCAUAACUUCAUUGAUCAAGAGCUCUGUGGACAAAAAAAGAUUCUUUUAACUAAGUCAUUCUGAGAAUAAGAAAGUUGAAGUAAUAUUGACUUCUCAUUGUGGUAUAGAGCAUUUGACAAAGAGAAAAAACAGGCAUGAUUCAAGUUGAGAGGUUCAGGGCUAAUGUGAUGCUCUUGGGGACUUUGCAAAUUUGGUUUAAGCAUCAUCUUGAGAGAAAUAAAAAGCAGAGUUUUCUCUUCUGUAGCUUGAAAUUGUCAAACAGUUCCAGGUUGUCUUACCUGCUUGGGAGAGAGGAUGCAUUCUCUGUAGCCUUUCCUGGGAAAAAACAUA